AUGGAUCACUUACAGGGCAUAUGUGCCAAAAGCCGCCUUUUUACUCCAGACCAGUGCGACAGCUUCCGCCUUCUGCACACCCGGUUGUGCAUCCUCGGUUACCCCCUCGCGAGCAUCAUGUCGUAGUCCGGCACUGCUGCGAGUGUCGGUCGACGGGCCCCAGGCAUGGACCUCAAAGUCACUCGCCUGGUGGUGCUUCUCAUCCCUGAAGUGAUAAUCGUCGGUACCGACGACAUUCUGCGCUGCCCGUGCAUCACGGUUCCGAAUAAGAUCCAAUGCGCCCAUGGUCAAGCCGGAUCUGUUUACUUCAGUCGACAAUGUCGAGUAGAGUUUCCCACGAGAUGACUUUCCGACGUAAAACAGACAGACAGAAUAAAUCCUCUUCGAUCAGGGUACGGACGGGGCCAGCCCUUUUCAGCACACGCGAGGCGGGCCAGAGUUCCCAGCAAGUACUCGUCAGUACUAGCAAGGACCAGGGCGCAAGGCCAAUGGCGGACAAAUGUUACCGCAUGAAACGCGAUGCCCACGCCGGUCACACAUGCAAGGUGGGAUGGCUCGCUAUAAUACCCACCGGAUAUCGCGCCAGGCGGGAAAAAAAGCCACAAAGUCCCAACCAAGCACCAGCUCUGCCGCAUGGUGAUCCAGCCUGGGUGGGGCGUGUCCCACGGCUGCUGCGAACUGCGAUGUCGGAUCUGAUAAAAUACAGAUCUGAUAAGGCGGGUCGGAUCAGAUAACGCUGGGCGGGUUGUGUUUCUUUGCAAUACGGGCACGAGGCCCCACAGACUAUUGAAUUGUGUGGCAUGGCAGCAUGCGAUCAAGUCCGAUCAUUACAUACUUGCUUUUGUUUCUUUUGGUGCUUUGGGCAUGUCACGUUAAUUAAAAUGCAGACGGCUCGACGACCUGUCG